CUGAUCAAGCAACGGCAAAGCAAUCUGGAGCCUCUCUGCCUCCCGGCACACAUCAACCGGGAACUUGGUGCGCCAGCCAACUUUGGGAGGACCCAGGCAUUUUUCGACGACGUUGAUGCACCUGACGCCUGCAUUUCCCUCCGCUGGUUGGCUCGGCCGAAGGUGGUGCAUCUGGGAACGACUCGCACAAAGAUGCUGCAUCCACUCCCAACCCAGUCCAUGCAAUUCCUCAUCGCGGUAUAG